AUGCUGAAUGAAAUUCUUCUUACCAUUGCGGCGCUCCAGGGGCGCGCUCUUGCCCAGAGCUGCCCCUCCCUCUCUGCAAGCUACCCUGCUCCUUCUGUAGCGAGUGGAUAUGAGGCGAGGCUUGUUGCUACGGGCUUGACGAAGCCGCGAGGCAUCAUUUUCGACAACAAGAACAACCUCUUGGUCGUCGAGAGGGGCGUGGGCGUCACUUCGUUCACCGUCUCAGGGACUGGAUCCUGCGUUAGCCUGCAGAACAAGAAGACCGUUGUUGGAGACAACACUCUCAACCAUGGCAUUGAAGUCUCAGAUGACGGAAAGACGCUCUAUGCUUCGAGCAUGGAGUCCGUCCUCAAGUACGAAUACGACUCCAACGGCCAAUCCGUGAAGGGAGACGGCAAGGUCAUCGUAAGCGGCAUGACCACCGAGGACACCGUGACCCGCACCCUCCUCCUCUCCAAGAAGAAGAAGAACACGCUCCUUGUCUCGCGAGGCAGCGACGAGAACAUCGACCUCAGCACCGUCGACAUCAACAAUGGGCAAUCCCAGAUCCGCAUCUUCGACCCCUCCAAGAGCGACGUCGACUACGAGCAGGGCACGACCCUUGCCUGGGGUCUUCGCAACGCCGUUGGAGUCGCGGAGAAUCCCAAGGAUGGCGGUGUCUGGAGCGCGGAGAACAACGCAGACAACAUUGAGCGCGACGGCUUCGAGAUCCACGAGAACAACCCCGCUGAGGAGCUCAACUACCACGGCAUUGCCAGCGACGCCGACAACCCGCUCAUGAACAGGAACUACGGAUACCCGCUCUGCUAUGGCGUAUGGAACGUUUCUGAGAUCCCGUCUGCCGGUACGCUCCAGGUGGGCCAGCAGUUUGCCAUUGCUGAGGCGAACGCGACGACGCAGGAUGCCUUCUGCAGGAACGAUCGGGAGGCACCGCGCUUGGUCUUCCAGCCGCACACUUCGCCUCUUGACCUGAAGUUCGAUAGUAAGGGCGAGAACCUCUACGUCUCUCUGCACGGAAGCUGGAACCGCGAAGACCCUGUCGGUUACUCCGUCUCCGUCAUCAAGUUUGGCUCCGACGGGCAGCCCACUGAAGGCUCGACGUCCACCAGCGCGCUCACGCCCAUCCUCGGCAACAGCAACACGACUGCUUGCCCGGAGAACUGCUUCCGUCCUGCCGGCCUGGCCUGGGACCGCAACGGCCGCCUCUACAUGACCUCGGACAGCACUGGUGAGAUCUACGUUAUUACGAAGAGCGAUGGUAAGGCGCUCGAUGCCUCGGCGCCCUCUGCUAGUGCGGCUCCCUCGAAGGGCUACAGUGUUGCGGGAGUAGUCAUUGCUGCUUUGACAACGGUGUUUGCGUACUUUUUGUAG